GUGCCAAAAUGGCGGACGCAGAGGAUGCGAAGUGUCGGGAAAGGAAAUCAGUCGUAGAGCGAUACUUUACGCGUAUUUUUAAGACAGAUAUAAUGGGGAAAUUUUGCGAAGAUCAAUGUGUGCUGCAGCAUUCAAACAAGAUAUGUGUGAUUACUGUUGCACCCAGUCACCCAUUACUUCGAUGCAAGCAGAUUGUGAAAGUGGAUUUCCAAUACAUCACCAAAAUUACAAUAACCACGCUUGGACAGAAAUCAGGUCUUUUUUGGAUGGAUUUGAAAUUUAUGUUGUUUGAAAUUCUCCUAAAGGGAAAAAGCUGCAUUAAAGGAAAGCUGGUUGAAGUUAAUGAAGAACUGGUCACAAAGCCACAACUCUUGUUAGAAAAGCCAGAAACUGAAGGCUACCUUGCUGUAGUCCUUCCAAAACUUACUGAGAAUAUUCUUGAUGGACUCUUGACAAAAGAAGAAUAUGAACAACUUCUAGAGGACAGAGAAGGACAAAGUGGUUGUGCCAAAGCUACGGGCCUAUAGUCAGCCUAUGGUAUCAACUUUGUGCAAUUGGAAUGUGUGACAGUCGGGGAAGAUGGCUACAGUGGUUGUCUCGCUUUGAGUAAAAAUGGUAGGAUGAAGAGCAGUCGGAUAGAAUAACUCAAGGCGUGAUGGAUAAGAUUGCAUUCCUCAACCGGUCUUAUCGACAAUACGUUGAUUAUUCAAGAAACGAUGAGUGUGAGAGAGAUGUAACCUGUAAUAAAGCUACAAUAGAGAAGAUAUUUGUUAUUGAAAUGUUCAAAACCUUAAACGAAAGAACUCUUUGUUUCACUAACCAGUAGUUCUCUUGUUGGCAUAUUAAUAACCAUAGGUGACGUCACUGAUAUCUUUGCUCUAGCUUUAAUUUCCUUUAUUAUCCGCCUUGGGUGAAUAACUAUUUUCAUCGAUCACGGGAAAAUGACAUCCGUCGUGUAUGAAUUAGCGGCUGUAAACUCGUUUUAGUGUAGAGCGGGAAAGGAAUUUACCGCAUUACCUCGAACAAGCCUCCUCCCCCUCCCCCCCCUCCCCCCUUUCAAAGAAGCAAAAGUGGAAUCAGUGCAGGAGAGUAGUUUCUUUUCCGUUCCAGUUAUUUCUGGCUUCAUGGCUUGCAGAGUUCCUUUAUUUUAAUUUUUGUCUUAUUACUGCGCUAAUUCAGAAACGCCUUCUCUAUUAAGCCGAAAGUUUGAAUACACGUCAGGGCGCUAAUUCGAGAAAUUACCGUACGGUAUAUCCGUGCUUUUAUUUAGUAUUACUAAUUAAAGAGUAACUGAAGAAGGGAUUGAGCUUCGCGAACACGAUGGGUAAAAUUAAAAAUUUUAACUAAUUUAAACAAGAGCAUCAAACUAAGCAAUUGCAAUCACUUACCAAGAUGACUGGACAUAGAAAAUCUAAUUCCUAUCCUCCACCCCAAAUAAUGCUUAAGACGAUUACUGACUUUAAAUUUCGCAACAUACGAGUAAGGUAAAUAAAACCAGUGAUUUACAAACGA